CGCACACAAAAAGGACACACACACACACGGAGAGAAAGAGAGACUCUCACAAACCUCUCUCUUUCCUCCUGGCUUCCCUGGAAGAUUUUGCUGGCUGUUUUUCAUGGAGAAAGUCCAAGGAGAAAUGGAGAUUGAGAGAUGGGAAAGAAACGAAGAGAUGUCAGACGCAGAGAAAAAGGUGAUUCAGGAGAUAUGGAGCAGAGUCUACGUGAACUGCGAGGAUGUUGGCGUCUCCUUACUGAUCAGAUUUUUUGUCAACUUCCCAUCUGCCAAGCAGUACUUCAGCCAAUUCAAGCACAUGGAGGACCCGCUAGAGAUGGAGAGGAGUCUGCAGCUGCGUAAACAUGCCAGGCGGGUCAUGGGGGCUAUUAACAGUGUGGUGGAGAACAUCUACGACCCAGAAAAGGUCUCCUCCGUUUUAGCCUUGGUGGGCAAGGCGCAUGCUGUCAAGCACAAAGUUGAACCAGUCUACUUUAAGAUUCUCACUGGUGUCUUGCUGGAAGUGCUUGCUGAAGAGUAUGCCAAUGAAUUCACCUCCCCAGAGGUCCAGAGAGCCUGGGCCAAGAUGAAGAGCCUCAUCUGCACUCACGUGACUGCCGCGUACAAGGAGGUGGGCUGGGUGCAGUAUCCAAACUCCACCAUGAACCCCCAGGUGACGGCGGUGGCAGCAGCGGCAGGAGCAGCAGCAAAGUGACAGAGCCCCUCCCGCAGACCUGAAAUGCUCUGUCUCCAUGAGGAAAAAACUGGCACCGGAACAUGAUAGCACCCAAGAGAACUACAUCUGUCUCCUUUAAUUACAUCCCGUGUACAUAUUAGUGAGUGGAAGUGCUUUAUGAUUUCUAUAGCACAGGCCAGCAAAGCUAUAGAAGGCCGGUUGUGCAUAAGCACUCUCCCCGAAGUAUAGACAGGCAAAUUUAAAUCAUGUACACUGUGACAGGGGGGCGGGGAGGGAAUAUCUUUAAUUUCCCCAGGGGGAAAAAAUAAAUAUUAAAUAGAUCAAGACUGUUAAAAGCUCAUACACGUUUAUAGCUCUGGAGAUUUACAAUUGUUGUCUGCCUUGCAGAGGACAUUCCAUCAAAUGGCACUGAAUCUGUCUGUUUCCAUCUUUUGUACUUAAGGUGAGAAUUUAAAGCUCUAGCAUUUGCAAGCACUUUUGUGCUCACGCACCACUCAUGAGUAACCGUGUCCUUGUUUUGUUCAGAACACUAGAUGACGUGUGCAUAAGUGCUUGCAGGACCUAGGUCCAGAAUUGUAUCCGCAUGAUCCAUUCAGAGCCACGUCCUUAGGAGAUGCAUUUGGUCACAGCAUUACAUAGCCUAGAUUCUGCAAAAUCUUAACUAUGGGUCAAAUUCUAGUCUUGUCUAUCAUUCCUGCUUAUCUCUGCUGUUAACUCCUCUAGGCUGGAGUUUCUCUGGAAUUAUAUCAACAGUGUUUCCAACGCUCACUGUUUUGUCGUGAGUCUUGUAUUAUCUAGUGUUUCCUUCCCCCUCACAGAUCCAACUCCAAGAGUCGUGAGAUUACAGGAGAGUCUUUCCGACGAGAUUUAGCCAAAGCUUGAAUACGUAAAGCGAGUGUAACCAAAAACCAAAUGAGAUAUAUUAAAAGAAUAUGUCGAUAGAUGCAUUUCUAGACAUCUCACAAGGCCUAAGACAUUCUCUCAUGGUGUGUGUGUGUGUGUGUGUGUGUGUGUGUGUGAGAGAGAGAGAGAGAGAGAGAGAGAGAGAAUAUCAUUAUUUUUGGCCAAUUCUAUACUUUUUAGCUCAGACUUCAGGCCCUCUGAGUUCUAUAGGGUUUAAUCACAUGUAUGGAUCAAAUAUGCAUAGAAUUACAACCAUAGUCACAUAUUAAGUCCUUGACCCUGUGGGCAGUUAUAGCUGAAUAAUUCCCAUGGAAGUGAAUGGGAUUUAUUCAUGAACUUUGUGCAUAGGAUAACUGCUUCAGAAUUAGCACCAGGAUUGGCCCAGCGCCACAAUCAACAUUUCAUUCUUUUCCUUUUAAUUCAUGCUGAUCAGAUUUGGAAUGGUGCAAUGUCUGAAUUCCAUCAAGGUUGACAUCUCACUCGGGGUGGGGUGGGGGGAUGGCACCUGGCUUGAUUGCUCCUGUGCCUUCGGUAGAAAGUCGAUCUGCAAAAACCAGCAGGUGACAUGUUUCUUCAUGGCAUGGAGAUGAACAUUGUCCCCUGAUCGUGUUUGCCAAUCAGUCUGUUCUUUAAAGACACAAGACCAGGUGUUGUUAAAAGGGGGGGGGGGAGAAAAAGCUGGCAAUCCUACCAGCAAGCCACUUUAUUAAUAUUUACAUAUUAAGCAACAACAACAUGAUCAGAUAAAGACAAAAGUGCAUUAGCAGGCCACUUCCUUAAAAAUAGCCUUAUUCAAAAGCUAUGACCUUUGCAGUUGAGAUUUGAAGCUGAUCCAGAAUUAAAAGUAUGAUCCUAUGCCACAAUCUAAAUGUACUUUAAAGUUAAUUUUCAAAGCAGAAAAAGAUAGUGUUUUUGGAAGAGAGACAUACACAGUAACUGGUUAGCCUUUUAAGCAAUAUAAUUCAGAAUGUAAUUUUCCAACCCCAUGAAUUUCAGUCCAUAACAUCUCUUGCCUUCUCUCUCUCUCUCUCUCUUAAUGGCAAUGAGAAAAAAGGCUGACUGUUAUAUUUUCCAUAAACAAAAAGUGAUUGUCUCUCUGUCUAAUAUAUCCAUAUCUAUCUAUGUACUUUUGACGAGAGAGAUUUUAUUACACGUGAGAAAGAAACAGCCAAGCAAGGAUGAAAAGCAAAAAGCAAAAGAACUCUUGUGUAUGGACAACAUCUUGCCUGUUGUAAACCGGAGGUAGAAAAUUAAGAGCAGUGGAAGGGCAGCCUAGGUAUUCGCUUAUGUAAGCAGAAGGUAAGGGAACAAUUGGAUGUAGCUCUUUGCUGAUUCUCACCCAGUCAACUCCAUCCCUUCCAAGCCUGUUCUAAACAGUAGGAUCCCUGGGGGUGGGGGAGUCAGGAAGCUGUUUUAUCAUUUGAAUUGUCUGUUAAAACUGCCAUUCACCCCCGCCCCCCAAAUGGCACUGUAUAAAAUAAUAAAUAUUAAUACCUAUGAUUUAACUGUGUAUUUUAUAAAAUAGGUUUUUGGUGCUAUGAAAAGUGGUUUGUGAACGUUUUCCUCCUUAUCGUACUAGAUCCUCUUGUUUACUCUCCAACAUACCGAUGGAUCCCUGUUGUAAUUUCCCUCUGCAUUAUUUGUAUGACAAUGUAAGCUGCCAAUAUGCUGUCUUGUGGUUUUAUUUAAUCUUUAUACAUGUGU